AUGACAUCUACAAGACUGAGACGAUUGGCUAAACGACUUGAAUGUCCUGUCGAUGAUGACGCUGGCUACCAAAACGAUCGAUGGACGAAUCGUGAUCUGAUUCCUAUCCCACCUGAUAGGCGAACUUAUAAAAUCUGGAGUUUCUGUAUCUACUGGUUUGUUUCUGGUGCUUGUAUCAGUGCAUAUUCUACUGGGUCUUCACUUCUCGCUUAUGGUCUUACUGCUCAACAAGCUAUGGCAUGUGUGGUCAUCGGCGCGGUAAUCACCGGUCUUUUAUCAGUUGUCUCUGGUUUCCCUGGUGAAAUACAUCACAUUGGUUUUACUGUUACCAGCCGAAUGAGUUGGGGUAUGAAAGGAAGUUAUUUCCCCGUAUGUUUGCGAACUUUCACCUCCGUCUGGUGGUUUGGUAUUCAAAGUUACUGGGGAGGUCAAGCUGUCAAUCUUAUGCUGGGUGCUAUGUCUCCAAGCUGGAAGAACCAACCGAGCAAGUUCCCAGCCUCGUCCAAUAUCACACAUCAAGAUUUCACCGGUGUCGUGCUUUGGUAUAUCGCUUAUAUCCCACUUGUGCUGGUACCUCCUGAGCGACUUCAAAAGCCUUUCGUCUUAUCGUCUGCUGCUUUCGGAGCGACACUCAUUGGAUUACUCGCUUGGUCAGUUCCUAAAGUCGGUGGUGGAGGUCCCCUUUUCAAGACUGUAAACACCGCUUCUUCUACUCCAUACUCAAUGAUGUUGGGUAUUACAUCCAUCUUAGGAUCGUGGGGAUCUGGUACCAUCGGUCAAAGUGAUUGGGUUCGAUAUUCUCAACGACGAUACUACCCAAUGCUUUCUCAGAUGUUUGCUGCCCCAUUCAUGAUCACUUGUUGCGCUCUCGUUGGUGUUGUAGUAACUUCUGCAUCUUCCGAAAUUCUCGGCGAACUUAUCUGGUCGCCUAUCGGAUUACUAAGUGCGAUUCAAGACCAUUACAACUCCAGUUCAGCGGUUCGUGCGGCCGUCUUUUUCGCAGGUUUCGGAUGUACUUGUGCACAACUUUCCAUCAAUGUCCUUUUGAACUCGGUCAGUACCGGGAUGGACAUGGCUGGACUUUGGCCUAAAUACCUCAAUAUUCGUCGAGGAGCUUAUCUUCUAGCUGCCAUUGGUCUCGCUUGUAACCCUUGGCAAAUCUUAGCUUCAGCAGCUACUUUCUUAGCCGUUAUCAGUGGUUUAGGAGUUUUUAUCGCUCCAAUGACAGGUAUCAUGUUAUCGGACUAUAUCGUUCUUCGAAGAUGUCGAGUCAAGAUCGAAGACCUUUACAACGGAUCACCAUCUUCAAUUUAUUGGUACAGAAAUGGUUUCCAUUGGAGAGCUAUUGUAGCUUUCCUUAUGGGCUCUUGGCCAUUUUGUCCUGGUUUCAUCAUGACCCUAAUCGAUCCAACGACGAGUAACGCUUGGGUUAAGUUGUUCAAUAUUUCUUUCUUGGUUGGAUUAGCCAUCGGUUUCACUGUGUACACUGGUAUCUGUCUUAUUUCACCCAUUCCUCAUCAACAUGAAGGUUUGAAUUAUCUCGACGACGAGAGGUUCACCAAGAAUGUUACCGGAGAAGGCUCAGCUCCAACUGGCGAUGAAGAUAUUGACAGUGACACAAAGGAGGCUGAAGCAAACGCUAUCAUCCGAGAGGUAUAA